AUGGCACCCACGCAGUUAGAAAUUAAAGUUAAGGCUCUCAAGAGACUCACUAAAGAAGAAGGCUACUACCAGCAGGAACUGAAAGAUCGGGAAGCUAAUGUGGCAAAACUUAAAGAGGAUGAGUCUGUUGACCCAUACGAUUUAAAAAAGCAGGAGGAGGUUCUUGAUGAUACCAAGAGAUUACUACCUACUUUAUUUGAAAAGAUCAAAGAAUUUAAAGAAGACUUGGAGAAAUUUCUAGAAACUUACCAAGGUACCGAAGAUAUAAGUGAUGCGAAAACUGCCAUUGCUUCUGCACAGGAAUUACUGGCUUCUAUAUAG